UUGUGUACAGUCAAACAGAAACAGAUCACAUCAAGCAUGUGGAAGCGGUCUUAAAGCGAAUUGACGAAUUUGGACUUCGGAUUAAUAAGGACAAGUCGCAGAUAGCGAAAAGUAGCGUCACAUUGUUGGGACAUAAAGUGGGAAAUGGAGAAAUAAAACCAUUGCCGGAGAAAAUUCUUACCAUAAAAAAUAUUGCAGUACCUAAUUCGAAAAGGAAGUUGAGACAGUUCCUGGGAAGAGCGGCGUUCUACAGUCGGUUUGUCAAGAAUUUCAACGAAAUAGCAGCACCCUUAUAUAAGUUAUUGAGCAGCACCAAGUUUACGUGGACUGAGACUGCCGAACAAACGUUCAACCCAAUCAAAAACAUGCUAGACGAUCGCCAGAUGACGCUCAGACUGCCUGAACCGGGAAGACUGUUUACAGUGGCCACAGACGCGAGUGAUCAUGGUAUAGGUGCUGUGUUGAGUCAGGCUGAUAGAGUGGUGGAAUACGCGAGUCGUGUCCUCACACCCGCUGAACAGAAGUAUUCAACCAUCGAAAAGGAGUGUUUAGCAAUCGUGUGGGCAGUGGAAAAAUGGAGACCGUACCUUUUAGGUAGACGAUUUCACAUUGAGACCGACCAUAAACCCCUGCAGUGGUUGAAAACAGCAAGAGACCCCGAGGGAAGUUGGCGCGAUGGAUGAUACGCCUACAAGAAUACGACUUCAGUAUCGGCCAUGUUCCAGGAAAAGAAAACGUAAUGGCGGAUUACUUGUCAAGACCAGACAUGGAAGCCGACCUGCCAUUAACAGCAUACGCGGUGAAUAGUUUAGAGGGAGACCCAUUAGAACUCGUCCGGCAGCAGAAAGCUGACCCUAACCUUCGAGAGGUAAUCAGAGUGAUAAAAGAGGGAGCAGACGUAGAUAAACGAACAAUGGACAAGGAGGUAAUAACGCUGCUUCGGCAAAAGGAACGACUGAGAGUGAACUCAUAUGGAGUCCUGACCUGGCAGGACGAUGAUGAGAAUUGGGUGGCGGUGAUCCCGAAAGACUGGCGGCGUAAAGUGAUACACGAGUGUCACCAGGUAGCACAUACAGGCAUCGCAAGAACGACGGACUUACUACGACAAAGUGCAUACUGGCCGAGCAUGAGAGACGAUGUGGCUGAAUACGUGUUAACCUGCCAGCAGUGUCAGCUAAUGAAAAGCGAUCGAUACAGACAACCGCCAUUACAGUCAAUCCCAGUAACCGCAGUCGGUGAUCUAUGGUCGGUGGAUGUGAUGGGACCGUUUCCACAGACGGCGAGCGGUAACCAGUAUCUGUUAGUGAUGACGGAACAUGCUACACGUUGGGUAGAUGCCGUACCCAUUGCAGACCAGCGGUCAAGGACAGUGACCGAGGUGGUAAUCCGGCAUAUUGUAGCGUGUCACGGAAUACCGAAGAUGAUAUUAACUGACCAGGGUCCCUGUUUUGAAAGUGACGAGUUUAAAGCCCGUUUAAAGCAGUUUGGCAUCAAGAGAAUACGAACUACACCGUAUCAUCCUCAGACAAACGGGCUUACAGAGAGAAACAAUCGAACGUUAAAGGAAUGGUUAGCAUCAAAAGGAGGAAAUUGGGAGAAAGAGUUACCAUUGAUUUUGCUGGCACAUCGUUCCUCCACACAAGGAACAACCAAGAAGUCACCUUUCUUGCUCAUGUAUGGCAGACAACCACGACUUCCAAUGCAUAAUAAGACCUGGCCACAACAACAGAAGUGGACGACAACAAGGUUAAGAAAAGAGAGGAGAGAGGCAAUAGGGAACGUGGAAAAGAAACAAAUAUCAGACACAAAGAAGGCAGAACAACAGAGGAGAACGUGGAAACCCUUUGCAGUGGGGGACCUAGUAAAGUGUAGAGAACGAAAAAGUAACAUAGCAGGGUCGGGGAAGCUGGCCCCAAAAUGGGAAGGACCGUAUGUUAUCACGGAGAGACGCGGCUCGGUCUACACGAUCCGGAGAGAAGACAAGCAGAAGCGCGUAAAUGCUAGUCAACUACAGAGAUGGUUUCAAGAUCAUCAUGGGUGUGAAUCACGAAAAGCACCAAAGAACACAGCGGUACGGAGAUCAGAAAGACUACGACAGCAACUUGUUAAAAGGGGGGACGAGUGUGGUGCGUGCUACUUAUAUUGGUAUAAGUAGUAUAUAACGUGAGUCAAAAGAACGUAACGUCUGGCAGCAGAAGAUGGAGAAGAUCAAGAAAAGAAGAGCGAGAAAACAAUGGAAUUUGUAAGAAAUCGCAUGAACAAUGAAAUGCGAGACAAUGGAUUGAGGUUUGCAAAAGCAACAGUCCGGUUUGAUAUGAUAGAACAAUAUUUUGCAAAUUAACGAUUUACUAUAUGGUUUUUCUAUUUUACCAAGUAAUUCUGUAAUUUGUCCUAAAUACAAUUUGGUUGUCCUUACCCGUGUUCUCCUUCACUACAGUAGGAGUAUAAGCAGUAAUCGGAAAGAUUAAGAUAUGAUAUUAUUCAAGGAGUAUAAUCCAGUGAAAUUAACUUGGAAAGAGGAAAAAA